CGUUUCGCCUUUCGCACAUUCGCUUUCGCAAUGAAAUCAAUAUUCAGAAAGGAAUAGUUUUAUUCCGAGACUUUCUCCAAAAAACCGUGAUGUUUUUUCCACUUGAAGUUUACUAAUCUGAAGCUGUCUCAUUUCCAGUUAACGUUUGUUUUGUCUGUAGUUCAUUUCAUUUUUUUAUCAACAAAAUAAUUGAUAUGACAAUCAAGUUUAGGUUAAGCAACUCCCACCCCUAUACGUGCGCCGCAGUGAAAUAUUCUUAUGAUAUUAAUACAUACCUAUCUCUUUAAAGAGGUGGUCAGGAUUCAGAACUUCGUAAGCUUUACAAUGCCAGCAUACGAUGGUCUUUUCCUAAACAUGCAAUCUAAUUGACAUGCCCAUCCUAUCAAUUGUAGGUUUUAGAAAGUGAAAACUUCCGUACCAACGUACCAAGUCUAAAUGUCAGAAAAUUUUCAAUCCGCAGUCAUCACACCUGAAGAAUAAUACUUUUGAAAAAAUGAAGAAGUGGAAAGUGUCACAAUAGCUGUGUAUCAUUAACAGAACUUUAAUCCUCGCAAGCAACUUUAUAUCAAACCCAGAAUGGCUUCAGAAGCAUUAUUUUUCUUACUUCCUUUGGCGUCCAUCCUGCAAGUGGCUUAUGGAUUCUACGUGCCAGGUGUAGCUCCAGUUGAAUUUGCCUUCAAGGACCGCAUUGAAGUAAAAGCUGUCAAGAUGACGAGCGUUCACACACAGCUUCCAUAUGAAUACUACUCCUUGCCUUUUUGUACACCAUCGAGUGGCAUUGUUUACAAAACGGAAAAUUUAGGGGAAAUUCUUCGUGGUGACCGAAUUGUCAAUACACCAUAUGAAGUGAAAAUGGCGGAAAAUGUAUCAUGCAAAGAACUCUGUGUGAAAGAAUGGACGGAAGCAGACCAAGAAUUGGUUCAAGAUCGAAUAUUACAUGAAUAUUCCGUCAGUCUGCUCGUUGACAAUUUACCGUGUGCAACAAGAAUCAUCAAUCGUGAGACUGAUGAGUUUAAUUACCAACAUGGAUAUCAGCUCGGUUUUGUCAAACCAGAUGGCACCACAUACAUCAACAAUCAUCUGAAUCUCAUUUUAUUUUAUCACCGCACAACAUCGAAUAUGUACAGAGUAGUCGGUUUUGAAGUUCAAACUCAAAGUAUUGAUUACAAUUCCUUCAUCAAAGAUGGUGAUAGUUGUAAAUUCCAAGUCAAGAGUCAACCUCAGAAGGUCAAGGCUGGUUCAGCAAAUAAAGUCAGAUUUACCUACUCUGUAACAUGGCAAGAAUCUGAUGUAAGUUGGGCAUCACGCUGGGAUAUUUAUCUGGCAAUGAACGACUCUCACAUUCAUUGGUUUUCCAUCGUCAAUUCUUUAGCCAUCAUUUUCUUCCUGUCUGGAAUUUUAACUAUCAUAAUGAUUCGCACAAUUCGCAAAGACAUCGCUCAGUACAACAAAGGCAUGGAAGACGUUGCUGAGGAAAGUGGCUGGAAGCUCGUGCAUGGAGAUGUGUUCCGUCCUCCUCGGAAUCCACGUCUUUUUUCGGCUGUGAUCGGCUCUGGCGUUCAGAUCUUUUCUGUUGCGCUGAGUACCAUUUUUUUGGCUAUGUUAGGUAUGUUGUCACCUGCUUCAAGAGGAGCUUUACUAACUGCUGCCAUCAGUACUUACGUAUUUAAUGGUGUACUUGCUGGUUAUGUGUCAGGACGAAUUUAUAGGACUUUAAAAGGAAGAGAAUGGAAAAAGUCAGCUGUUUUAACGGGAUUGCUUCAUCCAGGAUUCGUCCUUGGGACCUGUUUUAUUCUCAACUUUCUCAUCUGGGGUGAAAAGUCGAGUGGGGCUGUCCCCUUCCCGACAAUGCUGCUAUUAGCUGCUCUGUGGAUUGGAGUACUACUUCCUUUGGUUGUGUUAGGCGCAUAUUUUGGUUACAGAAAACCACCUUUUGCACAUCCUGUCAGAACGAAUCAAAUUCCCCGGCAGGUUCCGCAGCAGUUGUGGUAUAUGAAUCCUGUUCUCUGCACAUUAAUGGCAGGAAUUUUGCCUUUCGGUGCAGUCUUCAUAGAGUUGUUCUUCAUUCUGACAGCAAUUUGGGAAAAUCAAUUUUACUACUUGUUUGGUUUCCUAUUCCUAGUUUUUAUCAUUCUCAUCAUUCUAUGUGCCCAGAUUGCAAUUGUGAUGGUAUAUUCGCAACUACGUGGAGAGGAUUACCACUGGUGGUGGCGCUCUUUAUUUGUCUCAGGAGGUUCAGCUGUCUACAUAUUUUGUUACUCUGUUUUCUAUUUUGUAACAAAAUUAGAAAUAACUGAACUAAUUCCCACCAUACUGUAUUUUGGUUACACAUCAGUCAUGGUUGUCACUGUUUGGCUUUUUACCGGUACCGUCGGUUUUUUGGCAACGUACCUGUUCCUUCAAAAAAUCUAUUCUGCUGUGAAAAUAGACUAAGCUUUACAUUUAAGGUUUUUGAAAAUAGAUUUAAAGACAUUUAGGUAAGUAUAGUUUCUAAGAAAA